AUGGAAUCUUUCCUCAUUGGAACGUUCACAGCAGAAGGUUCCUCCUCUGGACACUACACAGAACCCCAUUCGGAGGAAUACCUCAUUGCCGUGGGCGACAACAAUGUCACAUGGCCAGUCUGCACCUAUAAGGAGGAUUUUAAGCGCUUCCUACUUCCUGCCGUCUACAGUGUGGUCUUCCUGAUUGGUCUGCCUCUGAACGGGGCGGUCAUCCUGAAGAUCUGGAGGUCACGACCCAACCUGACCCGGAGCAACGUCUAUAUGCUCAACCUGGCCACGGCUGACUUCCUGUAUGUGAUGUCACUACCUCUGCUCAUCUACAACUAUGCCAGUCAUGACUACUGGCCCUUUGGAGAGCUGGCCUGCAAACUGGUCCGCUUUCAGUUCUACAGGUAAUAUAGCUACUCAUUAACUGACAUAUUCAUAUCAUAGUUCUAUAGAUUACUUAAGACACUCAAACUCAUAUACCUUCAGUUCUACAGGGAAUAAUCAGUCAUACACUGCAUGUUACCUUUCUGUGGAGAGAGCUUUGAGUGGAUUGUAGAGAGAAAACCCAGUCAGUCAUUAUCACAUCAGUGAUAUUAUUUCUUGUUUCCACAGUAACCUGCAUGGCAGUAUCCUGUUCCUGACCUGUAUCAGCCUCCAGCGCUACGUGGGCAUCUGCCACCCUAUGGCUGGCUGGCACAAGCAGGGGGGUCGCAGGCUGGCAUGGGUGGUCUGUGGGGCUGUGUGGCUGGUGGUCGCCCUCCUCAGUGCCCCAACUUUCCACUACGCCUCCACAGGAACACAACGCAACCGCACUGUCUGUUACGACCUGAGUCGACCGGAGCACUCGACCGACUACUACCCAUAUGGGAUGGCCCUGACCUGCCUGGGCUUCCUGUUGCCUUUUAUGGGCAUCGUGGCAUGCUACUGUCGCAUGGGUCGCCUCCUCUACCGCCCGCCAUCCUAUCAAGGCGUUACCAUGGCAGCCUCAAUGGAGAAACGGGACAAGGCGGUGAAGAUGAUAGUCAUCGUGGUGACGGUGUUCGCUGUUAGCUUCCUGCCGUUCCACCUUACUAAGACCAUGUAUCUGUUGAUACGAACUUUACCAGGUGCUCCGUGUGCGACACGGAACCUGUUCUCAGUGAUCUACAAGUGCACCAGGCCGUUCGCCAGCAUGAACAGUGUUCUAGAUCCUAUACUGUUCUACUUCACACAGCCGCGGUUCCGCAAGAGCACCAGAAUACUGGUCACCAAGAUCACCACUCUCAGAGACAGGGAACCAAGGUGUGAGAAAGUGAAAACCACUAGAUUAUUUAGACCCCAUGUUUAACUUGAAGUUCAAUCAAGGGUAAACUCGCUUUGAGACAAAGGAACCAAGGAGUGUAUAAAACAGCCAUAGUCCAUGGUUGUAUUACACCGAGAUACAUGGGUUCUGGGUACCGAGAACCCAUCCAGAACCCUCAUUGACUUCUGCUCUGCCAGCAUGGCAACAAGUCAGUGUGUUUGCUACUGUGUGUGCUUGUGACUGUAUGCUAAAAUGCAUGAAGUAGUCAGCCAUAACACUGCGUUUGGUUGCCAUAGUAUUAUGUCAUGUAUCCUGUAUGUCCAAGCACACUGCUAGUUGUUUUCUACAUGAGCCACUAAGUGGCAUGUAUUACCUACAUAUCCCAUGGCCUUAAAGGGAUAAUCCACCCCAAACCACUAAUUCCUAUGAUUAACAUUGUUAAACAGUGAUAAAUAACACUCAUAUGUUAAAACAAUAUUUUUAGUGAACAAAUCAUUUUGUUGUUAUAAACAAGGUUGGUAGCAACAUGUGAAAAUCGUUGUGGAAAUCUGUUGCAGCUCAAGUCAACUACAAAACCCACAAUGCAAUGCUCUCUUUCUGGGCAGGCUGGCUGGCUAGCUAGCCAACUUAGCAACACACAAUAAUAGCAAAAUCAAUAUCAUCAUGAAAAAUAGCUAGCUAGCUUUUAAAAUCACCUAAACAAAGUGCAUUAUCAAUUUAGGAGGCUAUCUCAACGAGCGAGUGCAGAGGACGUUGCUAUGGCAACAUCUACCCUUUCCCACGUUUCCCACACAGUGCGCAUUGCCAGAUGGUACUUGAAGGAGAAAACACACUAGAUCCAGUGACGAGAACCAUGUAGCUAUGACGCGUUCCUAGAUGAUUUCCUGGUUUCGCAGACGGACCACUUAGAAUUUAAAUCAUGGGGGAUCUUUUUUUUUUUACCCAAUGAUAGAACAUAGGCUUUCACGAAAUGGACCUGUUUCAUAAUGUUUUAUUUCUGGUGGUGGAUUAUCCCUUUUAAAUUGACUGUUGUGUCUGUUUCGACUGUGGUGUGCCAUUUCCUGUGUGUACUGUACCUUUCCUAUCUAAUAGGUAUUUAGAUAUUAUAAAAGUGAGAAUGUCAGAGACAAACCUUUAUAAUAUAAUAAUAAUAAUAUGCCAUUUAGCAGACGCUUUUAUCCAAAGCGACUUACAGUCAUGUGCGCAUAAAAAUGUUUUACGUAUGGGUGGUCCCGGGGAUCGAACCCACUACCCUGGCGUUACAAGCACUAUGCUCUACCAAUUGAGCUACAGAGGACCACAUGUCUUUUAUGUCUUGAAAUAAGCACUUAUAUGACAUGUAGAUUGAUACUGAUGCUUUGAUCUAAUGCACUCCUCAAUAUGAUGUGAAUUUUUUUUUUUUUGCCAUUACAAAAUAAGGUAUAGUUGUAUUUUUUUGUUUGUUUGUUUUUUCCCCGAAACCACAGCCUUGUAAGUACAUAAGUCUCCAAGAGAAUAACACGGGACUAGUUCCUCAAACCAAACCUAUUGGCCUGGAUUGACAGAUCAGCUGUUGUCCCUAUGUGGAUCAGCUGCAGCAGAUUGGAUUGCUCAAUACCACUUAUUAUUGGUUUGUUUUGGUCAAAUGUGUGUGACAUCUGAUGUUUCUGUUACCAAAUCUGCCGGGAAUGUGGUGUGUGUGUGUGUGUGUGUAUGUGUGUGUGUAACCUCUUCCUUAGCUUAAGGCCCUUAAUGAAGUGAUAACACAAGGUCGAUAUGUGCGGCACAUGUCUGUUUGUGUCUGAUAGGAGCCACAGUGAGCUCCAGAAGUAUUGGGACAGUGGCAAUGUUGUUGUUGAUUUGGCGCUGUACUCCAGCACUUUGGAUUUGAAAUGAUACAAUGACUAUGAGGUUAAAGUGAAGACUGAGCGCUUUAAUUUGAGGUUAUUUUAAUCCAUAUCGGGUGAACCGUUUAGAAAUUACAGCACUUUUUGUACAUGUGUACAUUUUAGAGAACCAAAAGUAUUGGGACAUAUUCACUUACAGUGGGGAGAACAAGUAUUUGAUACACUGCCGAUUUUGCAGGUUUUCCUACUUACAAAGCAUGUAGAGGUCUGUAAUUUUUAUCAUAGGUACACUUCAACUGUGAGAGACGGAAUCUAAAACAAAAAUCCAGAAAAUCACAUUGUAUGAUUUUUAAGUAAUUCAUUUGCAUUUUAUUGCAUGACAUAAGUAUUUGACACAUCAGAAAAACAGAACUUAAUAUUUGGUACAGAAACCUUUGUUUGCAAUUACAGAGAUCAUACGUUUCCUGUAGGUCUUGAUCAGGUUUGCACACACUGCAGCAGGGAUUUUGGCCCACUCCUCCAUACAGACCUUCUCCAGAUCCUUCAGGUUUCGGGGCUGUCGCUGGCAAUACGGACUUUCAGCUCCCUCCAAAGAUUUUCUAUUGGGUUCAGGUCUGGAGACUGGCUAGGCCACUCAAGGACCUUGAGAUGCUUCUUACGGAGCCACUCCUUAGUUGCCCUGGCUGUGUGUUUCGGGUCAUUGUCAUGCUGGAAGACCCAGCCACGACCCAUCUUCAAUGCUCUUACUGAGGGAAGGAGGUUGUUGGCCAAGAUCUCGCGAUACAUGGCCCCAUCCAUCCUCCCCUUAAUACGGUGCAGUCGUCCUGUCCCCUUUGCAGAAAAGCAUCCCCAAAUAAUGAUGUUUCCAUGCUUCACGGUUGGGAUGGUGUUCUUGGGGUUGUACUCAUCCUUCUUCUUCCUCUAAACACGGCGAGUGGAGUUUAGACCAAAAAGCUCUAUUUUUGUCUCAUCAGACCACAUGACCUUCUCCCAUUCCUCCUCUGGAUCAUCCAGAUGGUCAUUGGCAAACUUCAGACGGGCCUGGACAUGCGCUGGCUUGAGCAGAGGGACCUUGCGUGCGCUGCAGGAUUUUAAUCCAUGACGGCGUGGUGUUUUACUAAUGGUUUUCUUUGAGACUGUGGUCCCAGCUCUCUUCAGGUCAAUGACCAGGUCCUGCCGUGUAGUUCUGGGCUGAUCCCUCACCUUCCUCAUGAUCAUUGAUGCCCCACGAGGUGAGAUCUUGCAUGGAGCCCCAGACCGAGGGUGAUUGACCGUCAUCUUGAACUUCUUCCAUUUUCUAAUAAUUGCGCCAACAGUUGUUGCCUUCUCACCAAGCUGCUUGCCUAUUGUCCUGUAGCCCAUCCCAGCCUUGUGCAGGUCUACAAUUGUAUCCCUGAUGUCCUUACACAGCUCUCUGGUCUUGGCCAUUGUGGAGAGGUUGGAGUCUUUUUGAUUGAGUGUGUGGACAGGUGUAUUUUAUACAGGUAACGAGUUCAAACAGGUGCAGUCAAUACAGGUAAUGAGUGGAGAACAGGAGGGCUUCUUAAAGAAAAACUAACAGGUCUGUGAGAGCCGGAAUUCUUACUGGUUGGUAGGUGAUCAAAUACUUAUGUCAUGCAAUAAAAUGCAAAUUAAUUACUUAAAAAUCAUACAAUGUGAUUUUCUGGAUUUUUGUUUUAGAUUCCGUCUCUCACAGUUGAAGUGUACCUAUGAUAACAAUUACAGACCUCUACAUGCUUUGUAAGUAGGAAAACCUGCAAACUCGGCAGUGUAUCAAAUACUUGUUCUCCCCACUGUAUAUGUGUAUUAAAGUAGUCCAAAGUUUAGUAUUUGGUUCCAUAUACCUAGCACGAAAUGAUUACAUCAAGCUUGUGACUCUACAAACUUGUUGGAUGCAUUUUCUGUUUGUUUUGGUUUUGUUUCAGAUUAUUUUGUGCCCAAUAGAAAUGAAUGGUAAAUAAUGUAUUCAUUCAGAACCUAAAAUUAACCUGAUUUAAUGUAGAAGUGUUUAGAAAUAUAUGAUAUUCUUAUUUACAAUAAAAGUGACUCCAAAAUGACACAAUACAUGAUUUACCAUUUAUUUCUAAAUGCUUCACUGUCCCAAUAAUUAUGGAGGGCACUGUAGAUGCCAGCUGCUCUUCUUGCAGCGCAUAUGUUUCUGUGUCAGUAUAUUAUUUUUUACAGUUAAACUUAUUUUUAUAACAUGGAGAGAACUGAAUUAUAUUUUGGUUACAAUUUGUUUUAAUUCAUCACUUGUGUAUAAAUGUAUUUAUUAGUUGUGCUGUUUUAUACAUGCCCAUGCAUGUCCAUAGUUACCUCUGCUUUGUUGCCUACCUUCUCACCAAUUAAGGAGCCUGUUGACACUGUAAUGAACUUGCUAUUGUCAGUUGUCAAUAACAAUUAAAUGUAUUUAUUCUGGAAUAAAGGCAAUAUAUUGAUAGAAAAUAUUCUGUUCUCGCACACACCGCCCAUCUACAAAAACAGAGGGAGCUGAUUUUGGGGAGAGGCAGGGCAGGUCAGGGGGAGAAUCUCAAUUGUACACUCCUAGUGUCCGCUCUCCUCGCCACCUCUUCAAAACCCAUUGGAUGAGAAGGGCAGAGGUCCUUCCCCUCUGAACAUCUCCUCCAAUGGGUUUUGAGAAGGAGGCAAGGAGAAAGGAGUCCAGGAGCAGGGACGGUCCUGGCCGUUCUGCCGCCAAAGGCGAGACAAAAAAAAUUCCACCCCUAUUAGAAUAGUCCCAGUAAGCAAAAUGAUGUUGAAAAAAUAUGGAUUUUCCAGACAUUGAAGUUAGGUUGAAUUUAGGUUCUGAAUGAAAGGUGAAAAUACAUAUUUUCCGGAUGUUGAAAUCAGGUUAAUUUUCGGUUCUGAAUUCAAGUUGAAAAGACGUCAUUUAUAGAUGUAAAUCAAGGCUGGUCCAGACCGGACAAAAUCUUAACCAAACACAGACGUCUAUGACAUCAGUGGACGUGGAAAUCAAGGCCGGACUGCACCAAAAAAAGACAUCCAAAAGGCAUCAGCGUCGGUCUGUGCAUACUGAGGUGUAGCCUACAGUGUCGCCUGAAAUUGAAUUUUAUGAAUGCCCAUCAAUGUUGUAGGCUCACCGUUUGUAAAACAGGCCGUUGCAUUGGCUUCAUUAGUCCUGAUUCCUGUGACUAAUCAAUUUGGCUAUUUAAGCUCUGAAUAUCAGCCACCCAACUUUAUCAGGAGGAUUUAUCCUGAGCCUAUUUGCAAUGUGUUUACACAGCUCUUAAAAAAUUGACGUAUACAAACUUGAAACCACUCACAAAGGGAUGAAACUCCUCGACUGAGUAGCCUGAUUGUCCAUUUGACUUUGACCUGUCCUGUUUUUAGGAUAUGUUGUUUGUUAACAUGUCAGCGCAUUUUUUAUUUGAUUGGGCGCCAUUUAGGUUAGGCUAUUUGAUCUGAGAAACCUGCAUGAUAUAAAGGUUUCCGUCUCAUUACAUUGCCAUACAUUUUAUCUCCAGCCUGUUGGCUACAGAAAAGGCCACAUACUCUUUCUACCAUAUGCUAUAUCUGCUACAUGAAUGUUGGUGAGCGCCGCAGCGAUGCGUAUCUCCAACAGCACCCUGGAGAGGCGCUCUGGGAAUGGACAAGAUCAAUAUUUUGUGUCCCUGCCUUUAACAAAGUGGGCACUGCUUAUCACAGGGCGGCAUCAGCGCUCACCUAAAAAGCCUAUAUCAAAUCAAAUCAAAUCAAAUUGUAUUUGUCACAUGUGCCGAAUACAACAGGUGUAGACCUUACAGUGAAAUGCUUACUUACAAGCCCUUAACCAACAAUGCAGUUUUAUGAAAGAAUACCAUAUGCCACUGGUUGAGAUAAAUUGUCAUUGUUUUGGGGCAGAAUUAUUUUAGGUUUUAUGUGUUGUUGGAGGUGCAUUUUAGUCAGUUUAUCUCAGAAAAUGUCGCUUUGCCUAAUCCUGCCUAAUGAGCGGGCCGGCCCUGGCAAGGAGUAUGCAAUUGAGAUUCUCCCAUAGGCUCGACCCUAUGAGCAAAAGAAAUAGAGCACUUUUAUACGUUGGCCGUAAGAUGGCGCUGCGGUCAGCAUUCCAUCGCCCAGAGCUCAGUGUAAUAAUAUCCGUGCUGGAACAAAGAACUACUUAACCAGACAGUCAUGGGAAAAACCAUAAGAGUCAUUGUGCAUGAGAGAAAAUGCUUUAAUUAACGUUGACACAUAAUUCACAAACACAACACUCACGACCCCGCACUAAUAAUCACUUCAUUAAAUACACUGGCAGUGGAAACACUACAUGUUCUUGUUAAACUUUGUGAAAAGUAAAAUCUCUCAGCGCUCCAACGGUUUACACGGUCCUGAGCUAUUAUUAUGUAUUUCUGUCCUCGAUAUCUGUGUUCUCCCAUCGAAAAGGAAAUGCUUUUUCUGCCCAUUCCCGAGGGGCUAUGACAGCCCUUAUACCCCGACUAGUCCCGCCCACGCCUGGUCUAUCUCAUUCUCAGGCAUUUGCAUGUAAAAACAUAAAUCACAGAAAACUAAAUUCUGUCAAAAUAAAGAAUACAGCAACAGUUCGGGAUUACAGUGAAUUAUGAGUUUAGGGCAAGCCGCGUGGAUAAAGCGAUGGGAAACAGCCUGGAAUAUGGGGGAAUCUAUGGAAAAGCUACAGAGUUGAACAAGUUGAAGGAGAAAAGUUUGGGCAAACCUUAGCCCAUUUUCUUCGUGCAUGGAUGCGAUUCGAGAGGACAUGUAAGGUCAGAAUGCAGGAGAGUUCUCUCACUUUGUUUACUGCAUAAUUCACUCUCGUUUUAGUGUAAACACUGGCCUCUUGUUUUAAGACUCUUAAGUGGAGUAGAAUGAAAAAGCCUUUCCAGCAAAUUGUGUCUAAAAGUGUAGCCUAUUGUACUAGCUAAAUUGAAAAGGGGUGAAAGACUAGCCACUGCGAAAGAAAAAGUGCUUUACCACAAUGAAUUAACAAAAGGAGAGAAACUAACAAAAGAAAGACAUGCACAAUGGCAGAAAAGGAGAAAGAGAAGGUGUAUCGCAGUGUCUCUUUCAAAAAGUUUGAAAGUUGGAGCUCAAACAAAAGUCGCUGUGAAAAUCAACAAAACAAAUCAAAGGAUUUGGAGGGCAGUAGCGGAGCCCUUCCCCCUCCAUCUACGGCUGUGGCAGCGGCAGAGAAAGCGCUGCCCUCGGCUAUGCGUAGUGUUAGCGUGUCAAGGAAAGUUUCCAAAAUCUCCGCUGCCAGCCUCUCCACCGCAGAGCUAAAGAAAGCCUCUUCCACUCCUCUCUCCUCCAUUUCUCCCUCUAUUCGCCAACUAACUGAAAAGUUCAGUAGCACUAAUUCGGCUCGGACGCACGGAGCCCCGAGCCCUGGCAUUAACGUGGCCGGGAAAAGCACAACUUUACCCCGAUUUAAAAGCAGCAGGGGUGAGAUAUCCCCGUCUCGGAAGUUAUUCCAUGAGGACAGUGGAUAUUUACAAGUUACUGACACGGUUGUAACAGAGUCUCCGACUGACACUAAAGUUCAGCAACAAAAGUCUUAUUCAGGCACAGACUCGGUCUCUGGGUCGGAUUCGGAUAGAAAUCAAAAAUUGAUUUAUACUCGCAAAUCUGCUCAAGGCAGCAGCGUUGGGACCGAUAAAAGAGAUUAUUCCCUAAUUGAUCCGUCUAUCUCUGAUAACAAUAACUGCAGUAAGACUUUGAAUGCUGAGGAUGAUGUUUUUGUCAGUGCAGCGCCUGCCUGCAAGUCACACAGGAGCUAUUUCCCAACUCACCAUGGAGAUCCUCCUGUUCAUGUUGACCUAACCAACUGGCCCAGUGUCACGAAAAUCAGAGAGCUUUUUGGGGACAGGCACAGAAAGAAGCACCGGUCCACCUCUGAUGCAGAGGAUUUAAAAUCUGCUGACUACCUCCAGCACUCCGCCAGCUCUAAAGAGAACUCUGUAUCAGACAGAAGCGACAGGCAGUCUCCCAACAGCCUAACCCCUGAAGCCAAUUGCCUCUCACUGUCAGACAGACACCGCAGCAGGGCUGCCUCCCUGGACAGAGAGAGGAGACACCAGGGCAUGGACUCAGCCUUUCACCCUGACCAGCACUACUCAGACGAGGCAGAGAUUGAGCCAGCCAGCACUAGUAUUAGUAGAAGUGGUAGGUUUCUUAGGGUGGCCCAGCCAUCAAACACGCACAGAGCCCACAGCCCCAGCAGUGGAGGAGAGGGGCCUGAGACCUGGACAUCUAGUCGGAACUCUGACACUCCACCCUCUGUCCUCGCCGUUGCCCCCACCCCCCCACCUCGGAGCAGCUCCGUGGGCCUCUCCUCCUCCCGUAUCUGCCCCUCUGUAGAGCAGCGGCAGAGCCAGGGGGCCGGGCAGCCCAGGGAUAGUUUACAUUCCUCAAAUAGCUCCUCCAGACCGGUGGCCCCUUCCUCUGAUAGAGCUUCAGCCAGGGCAACCAUCACAGCCCGCUGGAGGUUCAGCUCAGGAGACGAAGAAGAGGAGUACCACCGAGCAGGAGGAAGGAGCGCUCCCUCGUUAGGUGUCAGCGGAGGUUACCUCUCCCGUGGAAAGAAUGGUUGGUGGGGUGGAAAGGUCCUCGGAAGGUCUUCAGGCAGUGAAGAGGACAGUCCUGCAUCACUAGGACCCAGCCGAGACACCAUGAGACGCCGUUCACUGAGGAAGAAGAAGAAGAACAGUGAGGUUGCCGUAGCAACGGGGCGAGAUAAUGGCGAAUCAGACGACAGCGACGACGAGCAGGCAGGUAUGAUGGAACACCUGGAGAGACACCAACAGAACACCGCCGCCACGGCAGAACAGACUGGGAGCUCUCGGAACCGGCUCAGAGAACCCGAAGGCUCUAGAACCCGUGCAGCGCAGAGGGGACGCAAUUCCACUCCUAACCAGAUGGGGGCGCAGGAGAGCUACAGACGCCAAUACACCUCAGGGGGGCCAAGGACAUCAUCUCCCUUGACCACGCCCCUCACAGGGGUAUCACGGGUGUCAAAGGUCAACAUCUCAUCAUUUAUUUCGAGUCCCGGUGGCUCGCAGAGCAGCAGUAGAUACUCUAGCACAGAGACACUGAAAGAAGAGGACCAAGCUAGCUAUGCUAAUAGAAGGGCUAACUCUAACACUACUACUACUACUACCACCCCAGGCAGUGUGGUUGGUGCAUCCUCCUCCAUGCUCAGUAAGACCUACCACGGUAACUUCACCAUGUACCGCUCCCCCAGCUUCGGACACGGGGAUAACUUAUCCCGCACCCCUGUUAGGGUCUGUCCCCGCGUUCUUCCCACUGUCAAUCCCCCAUCUCCAGCCACAGGGGACACUCGAGGGGUUACUAGGGAGGAGACUACAGUGUUCAGGCGGUUGCUAAGUGGUGGCGUAGUCGGUGAUACGGACAGGAACAAGAUGUCGAUGUCAAAUCCGGAUAUCGCCUCGGAAACAAUGUCCCUCCUCAGCUUCCUGAAAAGUGACCUAUCAGAGCUCAGAGUUCGGAAGACGGACAGGUCAGGGUCAGGGGUUACUGAGGGGUCAUCUGCGGUGUACAGGAUGGGGUCAAGAGGUCUCCACCCAGGACUCCGCCCUUCAUUAAAGGACCUCACUGCAACUCUCCGACGCGCCAAAUCCUUCACUUACUCUGAUAAACCAGUAGAGAGGCAACAUUCAGACGGGUCCUCGGCCAAAAGAAGCUCUUCUGAGCAACGUCUGGAUCUAGACGGAGAGCGUGAUGGAGGGAGGGGGGCGGUGCCUGACAGAGAGGUGGCGAGUGAUGGAGGGGACUGCAGAGCAGGGGGUUAUGGGGAUGAGGAAGUGAUGCCCAUGCCGCUGCAGGACAGGUAUGUCCAGGAGGCCAGACAGGUGAUCAGAGAUAUCUGCCAGAUGAGCGCUCGCGAGGAUGAUGAAGAUGUGCUAGCGACAGAUUGCACUGAGGAUGAGGGUUUCAAAAGAAAAGAAGUGGAGGAACAGGAGAUACAUGAGAGGGAGGGAGGUGAAUUGAAAGAUGAGGAGAGGAGAGCUAGAGAGGCUGAGGUUGACAUUGGGGCAGCCUCCAUUUCAGGGGAAAAAGAGAAGCGGGAAUGUGAAAACAGAGAUCUAGAGAAGUGCCUACAGAAGGGAGAUUCUGAGGAGAACGUGUUUUAUGAUCGAUCUGUUGAUGAGCUAUCGGGUCACGAGUCGAGCCUCACAGAUGAGGGCAUAGUCACAGAACCAGAGACUGGACUGGGUGACCCUGAGAGGUUAUUUGUGGGGUCAGGUUUAGGAUCAUCUUUGGCCAGAGAUGUGCUGGGUCAACCCCUGACUGUCUGGAAGCAGUCUGCUCUGCAUCAGGAGGAAUGGCCAGGGUUAAACGAGGGAAUGAGAGAGGGAUCAGGGUUACACGCAGGAGCGGGUAAGAAACGAGAGAACCCUGUCUCUGUUCCUGCCCUUGGGGCUGAGACUGAGAGCGUUGCUGUAGUAACAGAGAUGAGCGGCAUCAACAACAACAACAACAGUACUAGUGGGAGGACCAAUGUAUCCCAGAGUGCCUCAGCCCCAGGACUUGAGGCUCCUCCCACCCCGAGCGCUAUCCGCCGCCGCCGUAAAUUCUCCUCAGCCGGUAACACAGGCUCUGACUCCAGUAACGGCAGCAAUGGGGAGUCGAACGGGGAUCCUACUGUUUACCGUUCGCUAAGCGACCCCAUGCCUCACCGGCGCCGCUCUGUGUCAGAAGAAGGGAAUAACAGUUUCUCUGUGGAUAGUAACCUGCUGGGGUCGCUCUCUCUCUCCUACAAGGGGGCAGGAGGAGUCGGAGGAGGAAGUGUCCCAGAGUCGUCCUCUGCAGCCGAUCUAUCAGAGUGCACGGGCAGCGCUGCCAGCGAGCUAUCGGUGUGCAGCGACGGUGGUCUCCGUGACGAUAGUCUCCGUGACGACUACAGCAAUGUGAUCCGGAGCAUUGUUGCCGAGCCAGGAGCAAUGGACAGAUUGAUGACGGAUGACAAAAACAAUGGGAAAGCCACGAAGAAGAAGUCCUUCUCAGACCCCAGUCGCCGUGGUGAUGGCCCCCUGCUUGACGAAUCAGGGUUCAAAAGUCACCAUCACCCCAACGAACCAAUCAGUGAGCUGGAUCAGCUUGGUCAGAUCCCGCCCUCCAGCAGUGAGCCAAUCCUGAGUGAGCAGAGAGAUGAGCUGUGGGAGCUCGGAGAUGAACGUGGACGCCCAUUAUGUAGUCGCCAUGGCAACAAUGAAGGUGGAAAACUCCGCUCCCAAUCAGAAAGGGAGCUGCACUCCUGUCUCCAUGGUGAUGACACAGACGGAGGGGGACAAGGGGAGAUAUUGAACUUUGACCCCAAACUAGCGGAGGUUCUAUCUCCCAGAAUGGGCCGGCGGACCUCCAGGAAACGCCCCAACCGGGUCAUGCAAACAGCAUCAGAGGAGCUGGACCACUCGGAACCAGGUCCGGAAGACCACGGUCCAGAGGAGAGUCAGGCUCAAGACCAGACUGAUCUCAACCCCCCACUGCCCCCGCCCCCCCCCAAAUCCAAAGCCAUGUCUAAGCACGUCCGCCACGCCAGCGAACCUGCCACCUUCAUCCCCAUCUCCCCACCUCCACAGCCCCAGCGAGCCCAGGCGGACCCGCCUGCCCUGCUAACCGCCUCUGAACCCUCCAUCCUGGGUAAGCCCACCGGUGAGGAGGCCCCCUCCCUGGAGGAUGUGACCAAGCGGUAUAUUCUGGCUCUGAAUGCUCCUGGGGGCGAGGGGGAGCCGCCUGGGCCUGGGCCUGGGUCUGGGCCUGGGUCUGGGCCUGGGUCUGGAGGAACGGUGCCUGUAUCAGACGGGUCUAACUCCAGCCCAGCUGCUCCUACUGGUGCCAGAGAACCCAGACUGCAGAGGAAGAGCAGCGAGGAGCUGACCACACCAGCCCCACAGAGAGCCAAACCCAGAGUGGUGAGUAACAUCGCCAACGUGUGUCUGGUCAAAAGUGUGUUUUCAUAUUGCAGGAGAGGAGGCUGA